AUGUAAUACACGUGUAUCUAUUAGUUGAGCGAUAUUGUUUUAGUGGGAUUUAUUUAAUUUCAAAAAACCUAGUCCCGAUGUAAAUCCCCCCGAGGACGAAAAAGAACUAGAACAUGCUGAAGCCACGAUAGGGGAUAUCCCGCUAAAAACUUCUGAUACAUAUAAACUUCCGAAAGAAAAACAAACAACCACCCUGAAGAAGUUUAAAGAAAUGCUAAAUAUGAAGGAGAGAAUAGGCACAAGAACUCGUUCACAAUACAGAAUCCGGUAUGAGUUUAACAAGAAAGUUUACGAUCUUAGAGCCAAAAAGGUAGAAGCUCGUGAUAGUGUCCAACUAUUUCACACUAAACUGACCCAGUUAAAUCGAGAAAUUCCUGUGUCAGAGCGUCGUCAAGGAAUUCCUAUACCACGUAUGACUGACGAAGAUUUUCCUGAAAAACAUCUGGAAGUUAGGGCUUAUAAAAUAAAAACUCCUAGAAGAAUGCGAGAUAGAGAUAUAGUGGAGGAAAAACUGGAAUCACCACAGUGGGAACUUUUGGAGAAAGAAGCUUUGCCAAACAUGGAAAAAGGUGAUGAUGAUAGCGCAGGAAGCACGCAAGAAAUAAGACGACACCCUGAAUUUUAUUUGAGCUUCUUUGAAAAAGUUCCCUACGAAAAAGUUAGGGAAACAGCUAACCUUGAUUAUUACACACUUAUAAAUCAAAGUAGUGAGGAAGUAGAAUCUCCUUGGGAAAUAGAAAUGAGGAGUACUCGUUUAGUCAGGUAAUUUAUUCAAAUGGGAUUAUGAUUUUAGUAAAAGGUAAAACGUUUUUUUAUAUAUCCUAUGUUAGUUUACUUAUAUCCGCAAAUAUUAGAAAUGCUUCC